AUUCAAUGCAGUGAUUGCUAACUUAAGUAUAUUUACAUUAUUAAGUAACUGAUAUUAAGUUGAUGAUUAACGUACCUAUGCAUGUAAAUGUGGAAAACUAUUUGCUUAAGUAAAAUGUUUAUUUUGCCAAUUCACAUAACCAACUUUUUUUGAUCUAAUGACUGGCAUCAAUCAACAUUGGACAUGUUCUAAUUGUGAAACAGAAUCCAUACUCUCCCCAUGUUAAAAUUGUACAAACAUGAAUUUAAGAGGACUUGUAUCUUUUUUUUUUAUAUUUCUUUAGAAAGAAAAUUUAUCCAAAUGUUCUUGCAAAACAACCAAUUAUUAUUUAGAUUGUAAAUUGUGUCUCACAUGGUACACUCUCAAUGAAUCUAAUAAUAAUUUAGAUGGAAAAAUUACAUCUUGUGUAUUCAACUGUGAAUAAGUUUAAAUUCUAAAGUAUCUUUUAUUUCUUUUUUAUUAGAUGCACUAACUGUUAAUCUUUAAAAAAAAUUGAUAAUUUCAACAAUGAAAUGAAAAAUUAUUGCAAUAUUUGCAGUAAAUACUUUUUUAAAUAAAUAUGCCCCUUUUGCAAGGAAGUUUCAACAUUUAACCAAAAAGAAAGUUAACUUAAAUAAAAAUGUUAAAAUAGAAAAUGUGGGAAACCUAGUAUUUUAAAAGCUGGAAAAAUUCAAAAUUAAUAAGUUAUAAUCGGAGAAUUUACAAAAGCUAAUGAUAUUGAAUAAUUCCAAUCUCCAAAAUAAUAAUAAACCUCUAAAUUUUUAUAAAACUUAGAUUUAUUAGGCAUUGAUUAAGAUAAUGAUAACACAAAACCUAUUGCUAACUAAAAUAAUAGUAACCUCUUAGAUAUUGAUCAAAAUUUGGAUCAAUACAAAAGUUCUAUUACUUCUUGCCAAAAAUGUUAGGUAUAAUUUUUAUCUAAAAUCCAAGAACUCUACAGAACUUAUCAUAACAACUCCUUGUGGACAUAAAGUAUCUUGCUAUUAAUGCUUAGGAACAGUAGAUAAUUGUAUUUCAUGCAGUGAACCUAUAAAGUUCAGAAUCAUGAAUACUUUUAAUAGAGAUUUUUAUCAAGAAAUUUUAGAUAGAAUAAAAUAAGAGUGA